CCCUUUAUUCAGGCAGCCAGAUGUUACGCCAGACCUGUGCGAAGAAAGAGGAAAGAGUUCCCCAGCCAGUUGGAUGAUCUUCCUCCAACAAUGCUGAAGAAAGAUUAUGCCAAUGUCUCCAUAAUAAACAGUGUUGAUGAUGUAGUGAAAAGACUGUUGUCACUGGAAAUGGCGAGCCAGAAGGAGAAGAUGAAAAUAAAGACACAGCAGUUGGUGGAGAAGGUCAGGAGGUCUCCCAAUGACAAUGGCUCCUUUGAGGUACAAGUUGCUAUAUUGACUGCCAAGAUACGCUCUUACGAGGAACAUCUUCAGAUGCAUCCCAAGGAUAAGAAUAACCGUCGCCGCAUGCUGAUGGCUAUAGAUCACCGGAGGAAGCUACUUGCCUACUUGCGCCGUGUCCGCUAUGGUACCUUUGAAAACACCUGCAAGCAGCUGAACAUCCAGUACACCCUCCCCCCUCCCUACUCCAGGAGGAUCACCAAGCGCUUGCUGGUGAAGAAGGCUUUCUGCCUCAAGGUUUUUCAGGAGGUGCGGAAGCUGAAAGCGCCGGAGAGACUAAAGCAGAGAAGAGAGUGGCAAGCAAGAGCGAGAGCUGCCCGGGAGAAGGAGGCGCAGGCGCAGAGCGAGGGGACGCCCGUGUAG